GAAUCUACAGUGAGACUUGUGUAUUGGGCCUUGUAAAUGGGCCAGAGAGAACCCAAACAAGCACCUCCUAUUCCCUGAAAAGUGAAAACCCCGCCUUCAAAGUGGUUGAUCUGUGUAGUGUGAGAGAGUAACAGAGUUCAAAAGCUUCAUUCAUGCUCAAUGCAGCCUCUGAGCCUUCAAAGUGGUUGAUCUGUGUAGUGUGAGAGAGUAACAGAGUUCAAAAGCUUCAUUCAUGCUCAAUGCAGCCUCUGAGCGCUUCCGCUUUCUCUCUUCACGAUUCCAACCCUUUUUUCUCAUCUCUCGUUCAAUCUGCCGCGUCCACAAUGACGACUUUCUUGAUUCCUUCGACGCCUUUUUUCAACGUUGCUUCACUCUCCAACAAGCUCGCCAACUUCACUCCCAAUUGGUUCUCACCGCCGCGCACCGUUUACCCUUCUUGGCCGCCAGGCUCAUAGCGGUUUACGCUCGAUUUGGCUUUCUCUCCGACGCUCGGAAAGUGUUUGAUGCAAUACCAAUUGAGGGGCUCCACCAUCUUCUUUUGUGGAAUUCAAUUAUCAGAGCCAAUGUCUCUCACGCUUACCACGAACACGCGCUUCAACUUUAUGUUGAAAUGCGAAAGCUUGGAUUUUUGCCCGAUGGGUUCACUCUUCCGUUGAUAAUUCGCGCUUGCUCGAAUCUGGGUGGCGCUGACCUCUGCAGGGUUGUCCAUUGUCAUGCUCUGCAAAUGGGGUUUCGGAAUCAUCUUCAUAUUGUGAACGAGCUCGUGGGGAUGUAUGGGAAGCUUGGGCGAAUGGAGGAUGCGCGCCAACUGUUUGAUGGAAUGUUUGUGAGAAGUGUCGUGUCGUGGAAUACUAUGGUUUCGGGUUAUGCCUUCAACUGUGAUUCUCUUGGUGCUUCUGGGGUUUUUAAGCGGAUGGAGUUGGAAGGUUUGCAGCCGAACUCUGUGACGUGGACCUCGCUCUUGUCGAGCCAUGCUAGAUGUGGGCUUUAUGAUGAGACUCUUGAGAUGUUUAAGAGGAUGAGGAAAAGGAGAGUUGAAAUCAGUGCUGAAGCAGUGGCUGUGGUGUUAUCGGUUUGUGCUGAUAUGGCUGAAGUCGACUGGGGUAAAGAAAUCCAUGGUUUUGUUGUUAAAGGUGGAUAUGAAGAUUAUUUGUUUGUGAAAAAUGCACUGAUAGGUACUUAUGGGAAGCACCGGCAUCUGGGGGAUGCUCAUAAAGUGUUUUUGGAAAUAAAGAACAAGAAUAUGGUAAGUUGGAAUGCUUUGAUAUCGUCAUAUGCUGAAUCUGGGUUAUGUGAGGAGGCCUAUGCAGCAUUUUUACAGAUGGAGAAAUCAGGUUCAGAUGGUCAGUCCCCUGUGAGGCCCAAUGUCAUAAGUUGGAGUGCAGUGAUCGGUGGUUUUGCUUGUAAGGGGCAUGGUGAGAAGUCACUGGAACUUUUUAGGCAAAUGCAGCUUGCAAAAGUAAUGGCCAAUUGUGUGACAAUUUCCAGCGUUUUAUCAGUUUGUGCAGAGUUAGCAGCAUUGAACCUUGGCAGGGAGCUCCAUGGUUUUGCCGUUAGGAAUUUGAUGGUUGACAAUAUUUUGGUGGGCAAUGGUCUGAUAAACAUGUAUAUGAAGUGUGGGGAUUUCAGGGAAGGACACUUGGUGUUUGAUAACAUAAAGGGUAGAGAUUUAAUCUCAUGGAACUCAUUAAUUGGGGGUUAUGGAAUGCAUGGGCUUGGUGAGAACGCUUUAAGAACUUUUGAUGAGAUGAUUAGAGCCGGAAUGAAGCCAGACAACAUCACUUUCGUUGCUAUUCUAUCUGCUUGCAGUCAUGCUGGACUUGUUGCCGCUGGUCGAAACCUUUUUGACAAGAUGGUCAGAGAGUUUAGGAUUGAAUCUAAUGUAGAGCACUACGCGUGCAUGGUUGAUCUCCUUGGUCGUGCGGGACUUUUGAAAGAAGCAACUGAUAUCGUGCGAAACAUGCCAAUUGAACCUAAUGAAUAUGUUUGGGGGGCUCUUCUAAACUCAUGUAGAAUGUACAGACACACAGACAAUGUAGAAGAAACAGCAUCACAAAUUCUAAGCCUGAAGUCAAAAAUAACUGGGAGCUUCAUGCUGCUGUCCAAUAUUUAUGCUGCUAAUGGAAGAUGGGAUGAUUCUGCAAGAGUGAGAGUGUCGGCAAGGACAAAAGGUCUGAAAAAAAUACCUGGUCAAAGUUGGAUUGAGGUGAGAAAGAAAGUUUACACAUUCUCGGCAGGGAAUCUAGUCCAUUUGGGUCUGGAAGAAGUUUAUACGAUCCUUGAAGAAUUGGCACUUCACAUGGGGAGUGAAAAUUAUAAACUCAAUAGUUGCUUUAGUCAAGAAUUUGUUUACGACCAAUCAAAGCACUUGUUGCAAACUGAGACCCGAGAGGCUAGAUAUUAUGUCAUGCCAUGACUUAUUUCUUUGAUAACUCUGAAUCCG